CGCCAUCUCGAAGAAAGUAACGUUGCUCUCGCAGUGUCCGAGCUUGCUGCUAGCUCAACGAAAAACAGAACUAAACCCUCACUUUUCGAACCACUUCCUCGCCCCAUCGGUUAGACUGAUUGCUGCCCCUGCUCGAGAUCAACCUGUCCCUUUUCGUGCGACUGCGAGACUGCUGACCGAUCUGGUGGACUCGCCUCGUGCAAAGAAGCUCCCGACCCAUAUUCUGAGUCGUUGGCACGCUCUCUCCACCGUGCCGACAUUAGGUCGAGUGGUGGAUGUCCUCCCCUCGCCUGGGCAGCCUUCAAAAUAAAGAAUACACCGGUGCUCGAUCUAAGGAUUGCUUCGUCCUAUCGACGUCUGCUGGCCGAGCUUGCGGCCCUUAGACAGUUUACCUUUUGCGCGACUGCUGUCAUCCACUGCCUUCAGUAGGCCUUUGUACCACUCGAAAUCCUACCAGCCACUGCCUCGUGCAUUUACCACGACCUGCCUUUACGUGGUGCGCAUUGAAGGUCGCAUUUGAUGGACAGGGGAGCACCAGAAUACGCGCAGUCAGGUUAGCACCUUCACCACAAGAAGAUUCACAAGAACAAGCUCUGAGAAAGUCGUGUCGCUAGAUCAAUCGUCUGUUGCGACAUACACCACGCAAGAUCCACGUUCCGCGACCAUCUCGAGCAACAACACGCCACAGUCGGAUUACGGCUUGACACCGUCGUCUGCGCGCUCAUCGGGGUUUCCGCCAGAGCAUUUGCGAUAUAGCCAGUUCGCUCACACGCCUCCGCAUCCAGGUGCUGUAGGAACAAUGGCACAACCAACAAGUCCGUCAAUGACCCUGCCAGAGGGAGCGCCCAAUGGCAACCCAACCGCAAAUUCCCACCUUGUGAAGUCUAACUCGGACGUGCCUAUAGAUCCUUCGAUAUCCCAAGCCAGCCCGACCUACCCGCCGUACUCGCCAUACCCGCAGGAUGGAAAUAUGCAGCACGCAUACCAGCCUCAACAUCCUCCGUACAUGCAACAGCGACCACCCCAUGAGCAAUGGGGUGGCUAUCCGCCGCAGCAUGGCAUGCCGGCACCCUAUCCGCACCCUGGGCCCGGCGUCCAAGGCCCACCGCAGACUUCUGCUGCGUCUCGUACGGGCCAGGUUUACUCGUUCGUCCCAAUUCCUGGUGCGCAGCAGCACAAGCGACCCCGUCGACGAUAUGAAGAAAUUGAGAGAAUGUACAAGUGUGGCUGGAAUGGCUGCGAAAAGGCAUACGGCACCUUGAAUCAUCUGAAUGCGCAUGUGACAAUGCAGUCGCACGGCACAAAGAGAACGCCAGAGGAAUUCAAAGAGAUCCGAAAGGAGUGGAAGGCCCGCAAGAAGGAGGAAGAAAAUGCUCGCAAAGCCGAGGAGGAAAGACAACGACAGGCCGCUCAAGCUAGCCAAGUGGAUGGUGCACCUGGUGACGCGCACCAAGUUCCGGGGCAAGGCUAUCAGCAAAAUGGGGGCCGACCCUCGCUACCACCCAUCGGCUAUCAAUCCGCCGAUGGACAUGCUCAAGGACAAUAUGGACAACCCCAGGGCGGAAUGGUCUAUCCACAAGGAAACGGCCAGAUGGGCAGCUACGCCAACUAUCCCAAUUCCCCCUAUGCUCAACAGGGUCAGGUCUAUCAACAACGUCAAUAUUAGAGCUUUUGAUCCAGCAGCAAGGUUGAGUGGCUUCUGAAUAGCUUGCAGACUGCAAUUGUGCACAUAAGGGCUGUUCUAUGAUGCCGUGCUUGUAUGCAUUGGUGCGGUGCCACUUCAUUUUCGCGACAGAUACCCUAGGUGGGAGAGGAGGAGAUAAUGAACAACACCGGGCAUCUCAAAAGAACCGAGGCGACGCUGGCAGGAGUUAAUUGCCAGAUGGCUGGCUGGUGGUUUGUGGUUUGUGGUUUGUUGAUGAGAGUUUUUUUUUUUCGUUCUUCGUUUCUUAUGGCUGGGUGCAUCAGAACCGGCCUAGCGCUCCGAGGUUUGAAGCAAGGGGGAUGAAUAUUACGACGGCCGAGCGUAUGCAGUUUUUGAGGUGACAGAAGAGUAUGAGGGUGUGGAUGUUUGUCGAUAUCCACAUCCCAUUCACGAGCCUAUGACCCGAGGGAGUGAAAAGGGAAACCCUCUGUUGGUCGCGGCCGCUGCAACCGCAGCGGCAAUUCAGUUGCCUCAGAGGGGGAGGUGUUUGAGUGCAUCUUGUGUACAUUGAUGUUCUUCAGAAUCGAGCAGAGCACGCCGCUGGCUUCUGCAAAAAGCCAGAACUUUGCCAUGGCCGUGCUUAUCUUAUUAGAACAUACGGGCGUGGUCUUGCCAGAACCGAGUCUGACCAGAUAAGCCAAACAAAAUACCAUUACAGAAUCAUGAUACAG